CAAACGGGAUUCCGGGUGUCCAGGUGGCGAGAUUUGGGAAGCGUCCCGCCUCCAAACCGGCGAGGUGGAGAUGAAAGAUUGAUGAAGUCCUAAUGGCCUCUAAUGUCCUAUAACGAUCGGCCGACUGGGGCGGGCGGGCCUAAUGGAUCCGGAGCCCAGGAGAGAAUCGAGCGCUCGCAACUUCCGCGACUGGCCGACGGGAAGUUGCCGAAUGCCACAAAUGCCAGGAGCGCAGAGGCUCCGGAGCUCCGCUGGCGCAGCAUGACCUUCCCUCUUCGCAGAUCCACCUCAGAGCCGCAGCUGAAAGGCAUCGUGACGCGGCUGUCAAGUCGGCAGGGCUUCCAGCUGCAGCUUCAGCCCGAUGGCACCAUCGAUGGAACCAAAGAAGAAGACGCCGCCUACGCCGUGUUCAAUCUGAUCCCCGUGGGACUUCGUGUGGUCGCCAUCCAAGGCGUCCAAACCAAACAGUACCUGGCCAUGAACAGCGAGGGCUUCCUCUACACUUCCGAACACUUCACGCCCGAGUGCAAGUUCAAGGAGUCAGUGUUCGAGAACUACUACGUGACCUACUCGUCCAUGAUGUACCGCCAGCAGGCGUCGGGCCGAGCCUGGUACUUGGGACUCGACAAGGAGGGCGCCAUCAUGAAAGGCAACCACGUCAAGAAGAACAAGGCCGCCGCCCACUUCAUUCCCAAACCGCUCAAAGUGGCCAUGUACAGAGAGCCGUCCCUUCACGACCUGACCGAGCUGUCGCGCUCAGGCAGCGGCACACCGACUAAAAGUCGCUCCGCUUCGGCUCUACUCAAUGGAGGGAAGUCGCCUAGCAACAACGAUCUGUCCUAGCCCCACCCUCGCCUGCUCAAGCCCACCCCACACGCACACACACACACAAACACACACACACGGUCUGCGUUGGAAAUCAUUCACUCCUUUUCUAUCAGAUGCAGACGGCGAAUUCAACAGUCAUCACUACGGCGUGAUUUUUCUACAGUGGACCUUGAGAGCUCCCCAAAAAAGAUCUUCUGCGUUGGCAAUCAUUUGCUCAUUCCCAGUCAACGCGCACCUAAGGCAGAUUUGAUUCUCGAAAGCAACUUUCGAGCCGCCGUCCGUUUUGGAGGGGAGGGGCCUAUCUUCUCCUCAUGCUCAUCACGCCCCAGCGGCACACGGGCCUGCAAAGACAAUCGUCUGACAGACUGAAGACGCAUCCAAAGAGGAAGGCGGGCUGUUGCUAGGGAACAGACGGCCAUGUUUACACGGAGCCGGUGGCGGCCAUCUUUGUAGCUGUUAGCGAGGCGUGGCGCGUGCCCGCAAGCUGCGACGUUUACAAGCCCGCCUUGCUCUUCACGAGACAAUUCUUGGCAAACCACAACAAGGCAUCUUGCACACUCGUUUGGACAUGCCAUUUUCCCAAGCUUUCCAUGACAAACUGAAUGAAAAAUUGCCCUACUGGUACAUUUUGCAACCGAGUCAAAUAACGUCAAAUUACUCAUUCGGGACAGAUCCAAGUCAAAGCAUUCCAACUUCAACUUGUUCCGCUCACUCAGGACAUUUGCGCUUUUCCUAAUCACUCACUACUUUGCUGUGUUAGCAUGGCAGCCGUGAGCAACCAACUCCGCCCCCAGCUCCGAUUGCACAUUUCUUCCAUUUCAAAGAAAUCUCCAGCACUGGAGUGCCACGUCGCAACUUCUCCGCAAAUGGCGUCGUCUUUUUUGCUUCCUUAGUUUGCUCCCGUUUGUAGCCCGGUGCUUGUCUUGCCGCAUGAGCGCUCGCUCGCUGACGUCCGGCCUCGUAUCAGCAUGCCGAGGUUGCUCAUUAUGUUUACGCUCGCCGGAGGGCGCCAGUGAGCCACAAGGGACAAACCAGAACACUCGCGACGGGGACCAACGAGAAAGCGGUGGCGGCCGACGGGGGAGCGCCGAACCCUUUCCUUCCCGCUGUGGACUGAACUUGACAUGCACUGAAUAAACUUUGUAAACAAGUCA